UCCUGCACAGCUCCAGGGUGAUGAAGAGGUUAAGCCUGCCUCUGAGCCGGAGUAUUUCCCCCCCAGCCCAUCAGAACCAGCUGCCUCCUCCAGUCCUCCACUUCAUGCAGCAGCUGAGUAGACAUGGACUCAUCCGAACUUUAAACCAUUCUUUGUCCCCGCUCGUGUGUCUUCCGGUUGAAUGUGCAUGGAACAAUAACUUUUUGCCCCAGCUUUCCAGUGUGGAGGUGUAUUAUUGGGGCUCUGCUGCUUUCUUCUCCUCCGUUGGCUCCAUACUCAUGCGUCGGGAAUGCCAUGGCCACUCCGAGCGCACAGCAGCAGCAGCACCACCACCACCAGCAGCAGCAGGAUUAUUUCAGGUCCGUGAGCAGCGAGUCCACCACAUACAUGAUGGUUCCGACCGGCGGGCAGAGCGGGACAGGCCGCCGGGAAGCGCCGUCCAAGAUGUGGCUGGCUAUGGUGGUGAUCGUGGUGGUGGUGCUGCAGAUCGCCUCCACCACAGGGCUCUUUGUCUACCUGAACAUGUCCAUAUCACAGGUGCGUAGCCAAGGAGUAACAGAGGAGUUAAAGUGCCUGAGUUUACUGAAUGCUCUGGAUAAAGACCAGGACAUCCCAGACCAGCUGGCACAGCUCUUUGGAGAGCCUUGCAUCAAACUGGCUGAAGGAAUCAAGGCCUAUAUCUCAAAGGUGACGGAGAACUUCAUCUCCAAACAAACAUUCAUCGAGGCAAGAACAAUGCCUCGCACUUACAACAACUCCAAGUUCGUGGGCUCUGUGGCCCAAAGGCCAUCAGCCCACCUGACCCUUAGAGACACCAGCUCUCAAGGGUUCCCUCCAUAUCAUAUUCCAACACUAGGUCUCCACCAGUCCUGUCGCCAUGUUGUCCGCACAUGGGCCAAUCAGAGCUUUGGAGCUCACCUGCACAACAUGACCCUGAGCAACGGGAAGCUGCGAGUUCCUCAGGAUGGGCGGUACUACCUGUACUCACAGGUUUACUUUCGGUAUCCGUCCCCAGCAGCCAGUGAUGGGGACCAGCGCAGUGUCAGCCACCAGCUGGUGCAGUGUGUCUACAAGAAGACGUCCUACCCAAGUCCUAUUCAGCUUUUGAAGGGCGUGGGAACCAAGUGCUGGGCUCCAGAUGCCGAAUAUGCCCUGCACUCUGUUUACCAGGGAGGACUGUUCGAAUUGAGAGCCGGAGACGAGCUCUUUGUCUCGGUUUCUUCGCCAACUAUGGUCAAUGCAGAAGAUUCCUCCAGUUACUUUGGUGCUUUUCGUCUGGACCUCUAAACGGACACAAUGGGAGUCAGCAGAACAACGCAAGAAAAAGAAAACGACUGUAUGGAGACACUGUGAUGGGCGUCGUUUGAUUAUCCAUCAAUUACGAAAAAUGUUCGUCUGGAUCCUAGAUCCUUUUUUGUGUACCUGGACAGAAACACUGAAGAAUGGAAGAGGUUGAGGGAGGGGGGAAAUGAACACCGCUUAAGGAGAGGGAAAGUAAAUAAUGGACUUGUCCAUCCUGCUCUCCGUAAAAAGAAAAACAAGUGGACAAAAGCAAGAUUAUGCCAAGAAACAUGCAAUCAUGAAUGUGAGGACUGAAAAUAGUUCUUUCCUGAGGGAAUUUUCUAAGAAGAAGUCAUUGAAGAACUUCUGUCAGAUGAGCAUGAUUAAAACAAAUUCGAACAUCCCAAAGUCACACGUCAAUCUAAAAGGUUCUUCUCUUUUAGUCGGAAGCAAUCCCUCUUGGAUUUCUGAACCAAAGAAUGUACUCAUCGAUCUUCUGCAUCAAAGAUGUGAAGACUAUUGAAUGGUAGCGGAAGAAGAUCAAACGUUCAAACCAAAGCAAAUAUUUUUAUUGAGUGUACCUUUUCUAUGUGUGCCAUGAGAGUGCUGUACAUACGUAGGCAUUACAGUGGGAGUUAGAUGACUACGGCCUGUGGUAAUUGUUUUUCUAUUUUAAAAUCUAUUUCAUGUAUUUUACAUUGACUGGACUGAAAACCACUUGGUCUAUCUCCAGACCACCUUCUUGCAACACUAGUAUUGUGGAUUUUAUGCAAAUAAGGAUUGCCACUUAUGAUUGGACGCUGUAGAAAGACACUGUGGUAAGAACUUUUCCAAUAAAUCUGCGAAGAAAGGAUUAGUGAAAACAAAGAGGAAGAAGAGGGAGAAAGGUCCAUAAGAAUGGGGCCAGCAGAAGAAGAUCUACUGAGGGUGGCAUGUAGCAUGACCAGUCACUUUCUCCAACCUCCUCUUGAUUCUUUCUCUCUUUUUUCACGUAAGCAAUAAAUACACGUUGCCUUUCUCGCUUAACCUGUGAUACUGCAUUGUGUUUCUAUUUUAAGGAGCCAGAAAGAAAAAAUAGACAAGUUGUACAAUCAUCAUCACAGACAUUUACAAUAAGCGUUGGAUGAAGUGUUGUUUGAUCACUGACUAGUUUUUUUCCCCCACACAGUACUUUAAAGGGCUAUGUUGAAACUAGUAUGGUGGACCCUUUUACUGAAAUCCAUUUGCAGAAAUGUUCAGAUACCAACUUACUUUAACUUUGAUUGAUUUUGUUACCAUGUAAGUCACAAAUAAACACUUUCAGCUGCUGUGGCUUUCUUCAAAAGCAACAAAAAGUCAUGCUGGUUUCAAAGGUUUACCAAAAAAAAUGGAGUUCAUGGGGAGCUUAUCUUUGGCAGGUAUGAACAUUUUGCACACAUGGAAGUGGACUGAAUUCAGUUCGGGAAAAAAGUUUAAUUUUUUUUAUGAAUUAGCAAGAAAAUAAAUAAAUAAAAUUAUACCU